AUGGAGACAGAAGAACAUGAAGCUGAGUCUCCUAUAACUAAGAUGACGAUUGAGCCUCCAUCCGUAGAGGAUAUAGGUAAACCGACUGAUGCAAUAACAUCAGUUGAAGGAAAGACCAGGAAACGAAAGCACAGCACUCAAGAAAGUUCAGAUGCAUCCGAGAAAGAGUCUAACGAGCCAUUGCGAAAAGCUCAGUGUCUAGUCACAAAGACAAAUGAACCACAAGUUUUUUCCCAACAAGCUAAAGAACCAGCUACUCACGAACAGGUUCCUAGAGUUAACGUGGAAAUUGAGCAGUUCACACAAGUCCUAAAGUUUUGGAAUAUGCUCAAGAAGCUGGAGCUCGCGAAGCGAAGAGCUGAAGAGGAGGCCGAGUUAGCCAGACAAAAUGCAAAAACUGAACUGAGGCGUUUAGAGGAUGAGGCAACUUUAGCCGAGCUAGAUUGGAAAAUCGAAAGGGAUUACGAUGAAGGAACUGGUCUACUGGGCGCCAAUAAUGAGGUUCCUCCAAAUUAUGGGACUGAUAAGCUUCCAUUCCAACACAGCCGUAAACCUGCUCUUGAAGAGUCGGAGCCAAGUAGGCUGGACAUCUCUAAGAGGCCAUGUAAGACAAUGCCAGAUGUUGCACCAGUAGAUUACUCCACCCCCUUCGACAAGGUACCAUGCGCGAAAACAAGGAAGACCGGACCAGUUACCAACUCCCGUCUCUCUUGCCAUGAAGACCUAAACUCCUUUGAGUGCAAGCCUAAGGCUGUUUCAGUUACUAAACAAGAGGAGAAUACCCCAAAAGAUCAUGUAGCAGCUAUGUGGAAGGUGCAACUCCUAAAUGGUAUUGUCCCGACUCAAUUUAGUGGUAAUCCAGCUGAAUUUCCCUUCUUUAGGGAGCAGACCCGCACACAUCUUGAAAGUGAGCUGCUGAAUGACGCCCAAAGAGUUGACUACUUACCAAAAUUCUUGAAAGGUGAAGCGCUCAAAGUAAUCCAAAGAAACCGAGGCUGCUCCUAUGACGAUCUCAUGAGGACUUUAAAGGAGCGUUUUGGUCAACCCAUCCAGGUGUCUCAGGCCUACAUUGAGGACCUCGUUUCUGGCCCUAGGCUCACCUAUGGUGACAGUGUAAGUCUACAAAACUUUGCUGAGGAGUUGAACACUGCAUCAAAAAUCCUGAGGGGUGAUGUUGAGCGAGAAGCUAGUGCAGCUACUAAUCUGAGAAGGAUUGUAAACAGACUCCCAAAUGACCUGAUCACAAAAUGGCAGACUCAAAACUAUGAGAUAGUCAGCAGAGGUAGAACUGCCCGAUUGCAGGACAUCGCAGACUUCGUCAAAAGGCAGGCCUCAAUCCGAAACGACCCGGUAUUUGGAUCCCAGCGGCAAAGACGAGAAAACAAAGAGGAAAACAGGAAUGCCCCGAGACAAAACCUGAAAAUCGGGAGCUUGCUGCCAAGUACCGCGAGGUCAUGGAUGAGUAUAUCUCUAAAGGCUACGCCCGAAAACUAUCUCGUGAACAAGCAGCUAUGGAGACUUCAUACACCUGGUACCUGCCUCAUCACCCAGUUAUUAAUCUCAACAAACCUGGAAAGCUUCGCAUCGUUUUCGAUACCGCAGCUGAGUUUCAGGGCACAUCCCUAAACAAGAAGCUCAUCCAAGGCCUAGACAUGACCAACAGUCUCAUUGGGGUGCUGCUGCCUUUUCGGCAAGGAAAGGUUGGGCUGGCCGCUGAUGUGGAAGCUAUGUUCCACCAAGUAAGGGUGCGAAAACAAGACCAAGAUGCUCUACGUUCCUUAUGGUGGACUGAUGAUUAUGGGCAGCCCCCAGACGUCUACGUCAUGGAAGUGCACAUAUUCGGUGCUACCUCCUCUCCUUGCGUUGCAAACUCUGUCUUGAGGAGAAGAGCUGCUGACAAUGCUAAAAGGUGUGAGAAGGGAGUCACUGCCAUUGUUGAGAAGAAUUUUUAUGUCGAUGAUGCCUUACCGUCAUUCAAAGACGAGAACUUGGCAGCCAGAGCAGCAUCCAGCUUGGCAGAAAUGUUAGUAAGUGGUGGAUUUCGCUUGACAAAGUUCAUGUCAAAUAGCAAAGACACCUUGUCCAAAAUACCUGCUGAAAGAAGAGCCAAACCAGAACUGAAUCUUGACCUGGAUGAAUUACCAGUGGAAAGAGCCCUUGGAGUACGUUGGUUUCUUGAGACAGAUUAG